AUGAAAGCCUCAUCAUCAACCUCAUUCAGCUUCUGUUAUGCAUCUUUGUUAAUUCGUCCUGUCUCAAUAAGUUGGUAUAGAAGAAUCAACACAAGUGUUGUGGAGUUACUUUGGUUGCAGCUCAUAUGGCUCUUUGAUUGGUGGGCUUGUAUCAAGAUCAAUUUGUAUGCUGAUGCAGAGACUCUUGAACUACUUGGUAAAGAACAUGCACUUGUCUUAUGCAAUCAUAGAGGUGACAUCGACUGGCUCAUCGGAUGGGUCACGGCUCAGCGCUCAGGUUGUCUGGGAAGUACUCUAGCAAUCAUGAGGAAAGAAGCUAAGUACUUUCCAGCAGGUUUUAAUCAACUGAAGGACUUUCCUACAACGUUCUGGCUGGCUCUUUUUGUCGAAGGAACUCGAUUCACUCGAGAAAAUCUUGAAGCUGCUAAAGAUUACGCAUCUCUAAAAGGCGUACCAUCUCCUCGCAAUGUUUUGAUUCCUCGCACAAAGGGAUUUGUUUCAGCGGUAGCUCACAUGCGCUCCUUUGUUCCUGCGAUUUAUGACUGCACAUAUACAGUUCAUAAGAAACAGUCUCCACCAACAUUUCUUAGUAUGUUCAGCGGCCAACCAUCUGAGGUGAAUUUGCAGAUGAGACGUUACCAAAUGAGUCAACUGCCAGAAACUGCAGAUAACAUUGCACAGUGGUUGCAAGAUCGGUUUGUCGCCAAGGACGCUCAACUUGAAAAUUACUUCACAACAAAUGAUGUGUUCAGCGACUUGGACGUUCACCAAAUUUGCCGGCCAAUCAAACCAUUGGUUUUGGUGUUAACUUGGUUCUGUCUCCUCAUAUGCGGCAGCUUCAAGCUACUUCAGUGGUUCUCCAUGGCCAAUAUCAUCUGUUUCUUUGUCUUUUUCUUGGUGGUUGAAGCUUUAACAGUGCGACUUCUGAUCCAAUCCACCCAAUCAAGGGGCACAGUGCCUAACAACCUCUACUAGAACUUUGGUUAUCUUUCUAAUGAAUAUGUGUAUUACGUAUUUUGUGUCGCGCAUAAGACAUUACUUAUGUAAACUUCACAGUUUCAGUCAAUAAGCUUUUUGGGUGUUUCAUUCAAAGCAGUGACAUGUUUGUUAGGAACUGGUGUGACUCGAAAGUACACUCAACGAGCUCCCUCCCGAUAUGUCUUCCAAGACAAUGCAAGCAAUCACAGAUC